GCACUGAGGUCCCGCUGUUUUGAAAGCCGCUUCCUGAAACCAACCCUCGUUUUAUGACAUCUGUAACUUUGACAGGUCCGUCAGUGAUGGGUCUGCUCAGUACUAAGAGAGCUUUGCUCAUCACACUGCUGCUGUUCAUCUCCGCGAUCCAAGUUUAUUAUUGUUCAAAAAGGCACAAUAUUAGGAAGUCAGAACGCCUCCCUCCACCCUUAGACGUCCAGCUGAAGGUGUUGAACUGCACGGCCUUCCAGGUCCAGUGGAAGAUGGCCCAGAGACACGCCAGCACUGUCGCUGGGUACAAGGUGUUCUACACAGAGAUGAUGAAGAGUCGCCCAGCCAGCCCGGCUGUGACGGCAGACGUACCCCUGAACCUGGAAACGCUGACCACUAGACAGCUUGGUGGAGAAGCAAGUUUUGACGUUGAGAUUGGGGAUCUGCGACGGGGUACCGAGUAUCGAGUCAGCGUAGCGGCUUACGGCUGGGCAGGGGAGGGCCGUCCGAGCAAGUCCCAAGACAUCAGAACGUCAUCACAGGACACAUGCAUGCCUCCCUCCUCUCCAUCAAAACCCAAGGUGACAGCAUUAUCAUCUACUAAGAUCGCGUUGUCAUGGAGACAGGACUGGGACCAUGGCAGCGCACCUGUUAAUCACUUUCAGGUGGCCUACAUCAGGCCGGAGUUAGACACAGAGUGGACGUCCAUCAAGGAGCCAACUGAAUCCAACUCGGUGGUUGUGAAAGGCUUGGUUCCUGAUACGCUGUACCAGUUUGAGAUUCGAGCAGUGAACCUACAUGGAAUCAGCCCUCCCAGUGCCAUAAGUGACCCAGUCUGGACAUUCAGUGCGGAGGGCGUGGUCAGCGGUGGCCACGCUCCAUUGUACAUCACCCACUCACAUGGUGAAGACGGCGGGGUUGUAGGUGCCGAUGACUCCGAUCAGGACAUUCACAUCAAGAAGCUGGAGCCGUUUCCUGCCAUCAGUGGCAGGAUUUGGCCACUCAGCUCCAGCACAGGGAGGCCCCCAUCCCAGGCCGGAAGUGACACUGUGACCAGGGAGCUCGCUACCAAUGGUGCCGCCACCACCGCCGGCACACCCCCCGUGUCCCCCACCCAGCCCUUCACAAGUCCCUCCUACACCUCCACCUCUCCCUCCUCCCUUAGCGUAUCCACCCCCCUGCACCCUGCCCACAGUGCCCCCGUAACACGUAAGUGGACUGGCAGCCGGCCUCCCCUUUACAAUCUGCCCUGCGAGGAACUCGUGUGUCCAGCAAACAGCUUCUGCAUCAACGACCUCCACAGAGGGGGCUCACAGUGUCACUGCAGCUUGGGGCGAGGAGGGGACAACUGUACUGAAGAGGUGUCCAUCCAGUUUCCCAGGUUUCACGGCUCCUCCUACUUGACCUUUGAACCUUUGAAGAAGUCCUCCCAGGUGCUCCGUAUCAGCCUCAAGUUCAAGACGGACACGGAGGAUGGGCUGCUCCUCUACUGUGGCGAGAAUGAGCAUGGUCGGGGAGACUUCGCCUCGCUCUCUCUUGUCCACAACAGGCUGCACUUCAGGUUUAACUGCGGCACAGGACCUGCCAGGAUCAUGAGCCGGGCUCCUGUGGUCCCUGGCCAAUGGCACAGCGUCAGCAUCUACAGGGACGGCCCAAGCGGCUGGCUGGAACUGGACGGCAUCGCCCGUGUGGUGGGCCGUUCUCAGGGGAACUACACCAAGAUCACAUUCCACAGCCCACUGUAUGUGGGGGGGUCCGCUAAUGCGUAUGGGCUAGCCAGAGCGGUGGGCACCAGCCAGGGCUUCCAUGGCUGCAUACAGACACUCAGCAUCAAUGGCAAGACCUUGGACCUCAGGCCCUGGCCUCUGGGCCUGGCGCUGGGCGGCACCAAUGUGGGUGAGUGCAGGGAAGCCAGGUGUGGAGUUGACACCUGUGCCAAUGGCGGCAUGUGCUUCUCCAGCCAGACCAGUGGCUCCAUCUGCCUGUGUCCCUUGGGUUUCCGCGGACCGCUCUGCCAGGAGUAUUUCCUGCUGUCCUUGCCACACUUCAAUGAGUCCCUGCUGUCCUACUUCAGUGCCCCCUGGCCACAGUCUUCUCAGCACUACCUCUCCUUUAUGGAGAUCGAAAUCACCUUCUUUCCUACUUCACCUGAUGGCACGUUGCUGUACAGUGAAGACACAGGCAGCCGAGACUUCCUGUCAGUCACACUGGCAGAUGGAUACCUGGAGUUCCGCUUUGAUUGCGGAUCUGGGCCAGCCAUUCUCAGGAGCAAGGAGCCAAUCAGUAUCUUUGGAUGGCACGAACUGCGUGUAUCUCGCACAGCCAAGAGCGGCAUUCUGCAAGUGGACAACCAGAUACCCAUCGAGGGUAUAGCUGAGGGAGCCUUCACACAGAUCAAUUGCAACAUGCCUCUUUAUGUGGGGGGCGUGCCCAACUACAUCAGCACCAAGAGCAGUGCCUGUGUCCUGAGACCCUUCAGUGGAAGUAUCCAGAAGAUCCUCUUGAAUGACCAUGUGCUUCACCUGACCCAGGGUGUUGCGGUGGGUGUGAAUGUGGAGAAUGCGCGACAUCCCUGUAUAGAUAAUCCCUGUGCCAAUGGUGGCACAUGCCGCCCACGGUGGGACGAGUAUGAGUGUGACUGUCCACUGGGAUAUGAUGGAAGAAAUUGUCAGAAAGAGUGUGGAAACUACUGCUUGAACAUGGUAACAGAGGCCAUUGAAAUUCCUCAGUUCAUUGGGCGAAGCUACCUCACCUAUGACAAGAAGGACAUCCUCAGGAGAGUCUCUGGUUCGAGGACAAAUGUGUUCAUGCGAUUUAAGAGCACAGCCAAGGAUGGACUUCUACUGUGGAGGGGAGACAGUCCAGUGAGAGUCAACACUGACUUCCUAUCCUUGGGGCUGCAGGACGGAGCAAUUGUCUUCAGCUACAACCUGGGCAGUGGCAUCGCCACGGUGAUGGUGAAUGGCACGUUUGGAGAUGGCCGAUGGCACCGAGUCAAGGCCGUCAGAGACGGACCAUCUGGGAAGCUGACAGUGGACGAUUAUGGAGCCAAAACAGGUCGGUCUGCGGGGAAGAUGAGGCAGCUCAACAUCCACGGUGGUCUGUAUGUAGGAGGCUUGAAGGAAAUUGCCUUGCACACCAACAAGCAAUACAUGCAGGGUCUAGUGGGCUGUAUCUCCCACUUCAUUCUUUCCACCGACUACCACCUUUCUCUAGUAGAAGAUGCUACUGAUGGCAAGAACAUCAACACCUGUGGCAACUAGGAGGUACUGCCCCCUACUGUCCUGGAGAACUGGCAGAAAUCACAUAGCUGGCACAGUAAGAAAUUCAGAGGGUUUAUGGUGUGUGUUGAUAUAAGCCAUGAAAACCAUUACAACAGAUAUGAGUUUUUUUUUUGGUCUUUGUACAAAUAUGAUAAAUAAUAAAUAAUUUGGAUGGGUCUUGAUCAUAGCUGGAAAGGGUGAUGCCAGUUGGAACACACCGGGAGGAGUGUGGUCAAUGGGGUGGGGUCAUUUAGGCAAUGUUGGACAUGGGUAGGAUCAUUUAGGGGACAAUGGACACGGGUAAGAUUAUUUUGGGAAUAUUAGACAUCGGUAGGAUCAUUUAGGGAAUGUUGGACAAGGGUGGGAUCCUUUUUGGGAAUAUUAGACAUGGGUGGGAUCUUUGAGGGAAUGUUGGACAAGGGCAGGUUCAUUUAGGGAGUAUGGGAUAGGGUUGAGGUCCUUUGGGGAAUGUACAGUAGGGUGGUUUUUAACUAUUAUCUAAAGAUUGGCCAACUGCUGGCUCUUCAAACCCAAACACUCAUCCUAAGCUUAACCCGAACCCUGACCACAGGAUGUGCUGACAGAAACUCAUUAUUCCAUCUGCUUACCCAUCAACAAGCAUUUUAGCUAUUUAUAAAUACACCUCGGAAGUGGCUUUGAGGUCACAGAUUGCGAAGGCAUGGAGCAUGAGAGGGGGAAACCCAUUUCAUCUGGAGAAACCGACUUCUGCAUGCAGCUCUGAUUCUGACGUCUCCUUCUUUUCAUGUUGUCUUCCAGCCAUGUGUUUCGUGGGAAGCAACUUUCAUCACAAACAGCGCGUGUGUGUGUGUGAUCCUGCAUUUCCUGCAUGCUCCUCUAUCUCGUUAAUGAACAGAUCUCUGUCACUCAGCCUAGUUCGUGUUUCAUGUCUCGUUGUGCUGGACACAUGUCACCCAAAUAGCUCGUCAGGCCAAAAUGCCUCUCCUUCAGGAAAGUAUAAAGCAAGACUAAGAAAACUGUCUGUAAAAGUUUGCUUGUUUACGUCACGUCGAUCUGCAUUUUAGCCUGGACAUGCUAAAUGCUGCGGAAACCGGCAAUUAGCCGGAAGUACGCAGACUUUAGCAUUUCGCCAGUAGAGGUUUAUUUGAAAAUGGCAGCAAAGAUUGCUGUGGUUUUUGUUUUCGUGUCCAGAGAUUUAGGGUUAGGACCAAUCAGGGCUGGUCUGCUACACAUUCAGCUGCAAAUAACUUAAUGCAACAUGCCCCGGAUGAGAUGAGAGCACUCACAGAAACACAGUGUGAUUACUUUACUGCUCGGGAGGGGGGGGGGGGGCGGUCAUCAUUUCUCAGCUUAUAUUUUAGGUCCACCCUGGGGGUCGCAGCGUGCAUUGUGAAGCUAGGUUCGACUGCAGCAGAGGGAGUUUCAAAUAGACCCACCUGUCUUCGCCCUCUGCUGGUCAUGAAGAUGAACAGCAUAAAUCUCACCUAGUUGGUACCAUUGUACUAGGACUCAUCUCACCAUCAAUGUGUAAAAUAAAAAAAAAAAGAGAUUUGUGUUCCGUGUUAAACACCAUGUACUGCGUUAAAUAUGUUUACUUCAGACAAUAAACCUGUCUUGGGAAAUGGA